UUUCGCUUGAUUUUUACCAUUUUCAGAUUGCAUUUAUCAAUGAAUAUGUUAUCCACAAGAUGGUUCUCUGAGCAGGAAAUAGAAGAAAAUAGCAUAAUUCAACAAUUUCACAUGAACUCAUUAGUGGGAGAGGUCCAUGAAGCUCAAUACACCCUUCCACACUCUUUCCCGACUAACUUUGAUCCUUCUUAUGAUGAUUUGGUCGAAAUGAAACCAUCAAAGAUCCUCAAGACUACUUACAUAUUGCCACAAUUACCACCACCCCAUUCUUCUCCUCUUCCUCCAAAUUCAAAGCCUCAUCUCCAUCACCAGCCUUCCUCAACAAUCCUCUCUUUCGAAAAUGCCGGUUCACAUGUUAUGGAUCAUGAGUACUCUCCCACCUAUUUAAACUCAAUCUUUAGCUCCAAAGUAGAGGUUGAAGUGCCACCAAACCGGAACAGUGAGCCUCGAAAAGAGACCAAGAGGGUGCAGCCUUUGCCUAGAAGCCAAUCCAAUGCUCAAGAUCACAUAAUCGCUGAAAGAAAACGUAGAGAGAAGCUUACUCAAAGAUUCGUAGCUCUUUCCGCUCUAGUUCCUGGCCUUAAAAAGAUGGACAAGGCUUCUGUGUUGGGAGAUGCACUAAAGCAUAUAAAGUAUCUCCAAGAAAAAGUGGGAGAGUUGGAAGAACAGAAGAAAGAAAGAAGAUUGGAAUCAAUGGUUCUUGUGAAGAAGUCUAAGCUGAUCUUGGACGAUAAUAAUCAAUCAUCAUCUUCUUCUUCAUGUGAAGAUGGCUCUGAGGGCAUGGAUCUGCCAGAGAUCGAAGUACGAUUCUCGGAUAAAGAUGUUCUAAUCAAGAUCCUUUGCGAGAAGCAAAAAGGCCAUAUUGCCAAGAUUAUGGCUGAGAUUGAGAAAUUUCGUUUCUCAAUAACUAAUUCAAGUGUAUUGCCAUUCGGACCAACUCUUGACAUCACUAUUGUAGCUAAGAAGGAGAGUGAUUUCGACAUGACACUCAUGGAUGUUGUCAAGAGCUUGAGGUCUGCUUUAUCCAAGUUCAUGUGAUUGUGUUUUAAAAUUUAUAGUUGACUUUUCUAGGAGAUCAUAUAUAAUUGAACAUAUCGAAGAAUCAUAAGUGUUUUUUUUUUUCCAUGAAAAUGUUCAUUUAUAUUGUAUGAGUGGAGGCUUAUGCUUACGAUUUAACUAGUUGGAGAAUAACACGUUUCCUACUUGUUGAUAUCAAGACAAUUAAAUUUGAUGGUGUUGGGUCGGAA